AUGGCAGGCACAGAGCUCCCCAUGCUAGUUUCUCUGCUCCUCGCACUCGCUGCUAGCAUGGGGUCAGCACCAAUUGCACACGCCGGAAUCGCCACAAGUAAUUCCAGCGACCACUCUGCUCUCCUAUCCUUCAAGUCCCUGAUAAGGGAUGACCCCUUGCAAGCUCUGGAGUCAUGGGGCAACCGUACCAUGCCUAUGUGCCAAUGGCACGGCGUGGCAUGUGGCAGACGAGGACGCCGCCGUGGACGGGUCGUCGCGCUGGACCUCAGCGACCUCAACCUUCUGGGUGCUAUCUCCACCUCGGUGGCCAACCUUACAUUCUUGAGGAGGCUCCGCCUCCACAGUAACCGCCUCCAUGGUGCCAUGCCAUCAGAGCUUGGCCACCUGCGGUACCUGAAGCACCUCAACCUGUCGAGAAACACUCUGGAUGGUGCUAUUCCGCCGUCGCUUUCACGGUGCUGGCAUCUCGAGAGCAUCAGCCUUGCUUACAACAGGCUGAAAGGGGAGGUACCGCGGGAGCUUGGUGCCUUGCCCAACCUCCGUUCAAUUCAGCUCUACCAGAACGAGCUCAAAGGGGAGAUACCACAUGAGCUUGGCUCCUUACACAAUCUCAAGGUACUCAGUCUGGGCUACAACAAUCUUUCAGGAACCAUCCCUUUAGAGAUCAGCAAGCUUGUGAAUCUGGAGAUUCUGCAAUUAAGAAACAAUGAGCUAACAGGAGAAAUACCCCCUGGCAUAGGUAACCUUGUCAAAUUAAACAUAUUCUCUCUAAGUUCGAAUCAUUUGUCUGGUUCUAUCCCAAGUUCAGUAGGAAAUCUCUCGGAACUGGCCCUUCUUAUUUUGCACACAAAUAACCUAACAGGGAGUAUUCCAUCAUUACAUAAUCUUUCAUCUCUCUCGGUACUUGAAUUAUCACACAAUGACCUGACAGGAUGCAUCCCAUCUGGGUUAGGAAACCUCACAUCACUAUUUUUUAUAGAUCUUCAGUACAACCAUCUAACUGGACAAAUUCCAGCAUCACUAGGGAACCUCAACUUGCUUGAAAAUCUUGGUCUGUCCUGGAAUAACCUUUCAGGUCUCAUACCUUACUCCAUUGGAAACCUGCACUUCCUCUCCGAAAUUGGCCUGCACUAUAAUGAAUUAGUGGGGCCAUUGCCUCCUUUGCUAUUCAAUCUUUCCUACCUUCAAAUUCUCAAUGUAGAAAGCAAUUAUAACCUCAAUGGGUCUUUUCCAUUCGACAUGGGAAACAACCUUCCGAAUCUAGAGUUCUUCUUUGCAAAUGAUAAUCAAUUCCAUGGUCCUAUUCCUCCCUCUUUGUGCAAUGCCUCUAUGAUUCAAAUGAUCCAGCUCGGUCAAAACUCCCUAACAGGAACAAUUCCCAGUUGCCUAGGAAUUCACUUGAAGAGCUUGUCCGUAUUAACCAUUGCCGAAAACCAUAUUCGAGCAAAACAAGAUGCUGACUGGAGCUUCUUGGUAGGCCUAAGCAAUAGCAAUAAUUUGCGAGUGUUGGAUUUAGGUGACAACAUGCUUGAAGGCGAAAUACCAAGUUCGGUAGGCACCCUCUCCAAAAAUCUAGAGUAUCUUAACAUGGGAGACAACAGCAUAACGGGAAAGAUUCCUGAAGUAGUGGCGAACUUGACCAAUCUGCACACACUUAUUCUAUAUGGUAAUCAUUUAGAGGGUACUAUUCCAACCUCUCUUGGCAAGUUGAAGGGACUAAAUUUGUUAACCCUAGGAAUCAAUGACCUAUCAGGAUCGAUCCCUCCCACAUUCGGCAAUCUUACACAACUAAGCGAACUUGAUCUUAGUGGCAACAUGCUUAGUGGAAGCAUACCUUCUAGUCUUAUAUGGUGUCCACUACAAAAAUUAGACCUUUCAAACAACAGCCUUGUUGGUCCAAUACCUAGGAACCUAUUCCUUAUAAACACAUUGUCCGUCCAUAUGAGAAUCCAAAACAAUCAAUUAACCGGGGAUUUGCCUACAGAAUUAGGUAACCUAAAGAAUAUUGGGGAACUUGAUUUCUCCGGUAAUCUGAUAUCUGGAGAGAUUCCGAUCUCCCUUGGAGAGUGCCAGACACUGCAGUUUCUGAAUGUAUCUCGGAACAACCUUCAAGGGACAAUUCCGUCAUCAAUCAUACAGAUGAAAGCCCUAUUGAUGCUUGAUCUUUCCCAUAAUAAUCUCUCAGGGAGCAUUCCUGGGUUCCUCAGGAGCAUGGAAGGGCUUGCUAGUUUGAAUCUCUCAUUCAACAACUUGGAGGGUGAGGUUCCAACAAAUGGGAUCUUCAAAAAUGCAGCUUCCGCCUCAGCCUCAAUUAAGGGAAAUAAUGGCCUGUGUGAUGGAAUCCCUCAACUGAAGUUGCCACAUUGCUCUAAUCUCACCACCACGAAAUCAACUCAGAAACUGGUUAUAAUAUUCUCCAUAUGUGGUACAGUUGUAUUUAUUGCAUCAGUAUUCGCACUGUCGACAUUCUACAGUAAGAGCAGGAAGAUGAAAUCAAACAAGCAGACAUCAUCCAUCAACGAGCAAUAUUUGAAGGUUUCCUAUGCUGAACUGGUCGGUGCAACUACUGGUUUUGCUUCAGAGAACCUCCUUGGUGCAGGAAGCUUCGGCUCGGUGUACAAGGGAACAAUGAGGAUAGAUGACCAGCAAUUAGUGAUUGCUGUGAAGGUGCUCAACCUCACGCAGCGAGGUGCAUCUCGAAGUUUCGUUGCAGAAUGUGAGACUCUGAAAUCCGUUCGACAUAGGAAUCUUAUGAAGAUAUUAACAGUGUGCUCAAGCAUUGAUUUUCAAAGCCGUGACUUCAAGGCCCUUGUGUACGAAUACCUACCAAAUGGAAAUUUAGACAGAUGGCUACACCACAACCCCAUGGAAGAUGCUGAAAAGAGGACAUUACAUCUCCGUGUGAGGCUGCAGAUUGCAAUUGAUGUAGCAUCAUCACUUGAAUACCUUCACCAACAUAAGCCAAUGCCAGUUAUUCACUGUGAUUUUAAGCCAAGCAAUGUUCUCCUUGAUUGUGAAAUGGUUGCACAUGUUGGCGAUUUUGGGCUUGCAAGGUUUGUACAUCAAGACUCGGAGAAAUCAACUAGUUGGGCAUCAAUGAGAGGCACAAUAGGCUAUGCCGCUCCAGAGUAUGGUCUGGGCAACGAAGUUUCAAUCCAUGGUGAUGUCUACAGCUACGGCAUACUGUUGCUGGAGAUGUUCACUGGAAGAAGGCCAACAGACAGCGAAUUUGGAGAAUCCUUGGGCAUUCACAAGUAUGUGCAAAUGGCAUUGCCAGACAGGGCAACAGAGGUCAUAGACCGGCACUUACUAGCAGAGACAGAAGAUGAGGAAGAAAGCAUCUCAAACUCUGAGAGCAUGGUGGAUCUGAGAAUUGCUUGCAUCACUUCAGUCCUGUGCACUGGGAUUUCAUGCUCACAAGAGACACCAACAGAUCGCAUCCAAAUCGGGGGUGCUCUGAAAGAGUUGCUAGCAAUAAGAGACAGAUUUGACAAGGAGUUGUGUGUGGAAGGCGAGCCAGCAAACUAA